AUAUCUGUUCGGUCGUCAGUUCUGUUUAAGUGUUUCAUUGGUGUUAUUUCUGUUGUUUAACAAAAAACCUGUAAAUCAUAUUAAAGGCAAAUUUAAUGGCAGCUCACCUACAAUAUCGAGUAGUCAAUGGACUCAAAUUUGCGCCAGGAUUUUCAUUUGAAACAUGCCUCUCGGCUCUAAAUUAUAAACCAUUGGACGAUGAUAUAUUUAUCGUAACUUAUCCAAAGAAUGGCACAACGUGGACCCAGCAAAUAGUGAUUUUACUCCAAAACAACGGAACCCUACCGGACGAUGUAGCAAAAGGUGACAUGUCACUUCGAAGCCCAUUUCUUGAAUAUCGAGGCACUGAAUCACUAAAACAACUCACCAGACCAUAUUCAAUAAAGACGCACAUUGAAGGUAAUUCGCAUCCGUGGAACCCACACGCUAAGUACAUAAUAGUGUUGCGAAACCCAAAAGAUGCUCUAGUAUCGUUUUACUACCAUCAAACAAGCAGCCCACACUAUGGCAUACCAGAUUUACCAUUCGAUGACUUUUUUGAAUUAUUUAUGGAUGGUGAAGUUGAAUGUGGUUCCUAUUUCGAUUGGGUAUUAAGCUGGUGGCAAAGGAAAGAUUUCGACAAUGUUAUGAUAACAACCUAUGAAAGUCGAAUGAAGGAUCCCGCAGGCGACGUUACUCAAAUUGCUAAAUUUCUGGAUAUCGUGUACGAUGACGAUAUUAUUAAAAGGACGGUUGAAAUGUCCUCUUUUGGUGCGAUGCGUGAAACUAUGAAUGAGUGGAAAAAAUCUAAUUUUCUACGAAAAGGUAUUGUAGGCGAUUGGCGUACUCAUUUAAAUAACGAUCAGAACAAACGGCUGCAAAAUAUGUUUCAUCAGAAAUUCGACGGAACUGGACUAGAGACUUUGUGGAACGAUUCUAUGUAAAAUAUCACAAUUAUUUGUUCAUAAAUAAAUCGUUUCCUCCUUACAAAUUUCA